AUGUUAGAUGACUCACCCCCAGCAAAAAAAUGCAAACAAGACACCCCGCUUGAGGAUGACACUCAGAUGGAAUAUACAUCUGUACUCUUCGCCAACACCACCUCAUCCUCACAAUUACAACAAAGUGGGGAAAACACCGCAACCCCUGACAACAACAACCAGACCGGGGCAGAGGACCCCGUCCUAACCACCGUGGGAAAGAGUGCAGAUCUUUCCACAGUGAUCGUCAAAACAAAUAAUGGCCCCGACCCAACCCAACAAGUUCCCGCGACUAAAGAUCUACACACCCAGAACGACCCGGAUACAAAGGUGCUAGCACAAAUGAAUGACGUAAUAAUGAAUGAAGCUAACCCACUUACUUCGAAAAACGUCGCUCGGAUACCAGACCACACCGAUAAGACCCAGAACAACCAACCAAUGGAUACGCAAUCUAUUGAUACUGUCCAAUCAAUACCUACCAAGUCCUAUGCCCGGGCCCUUACCGGCAAUAAUCAAUCAAAACCGAAAUACAAGUUUGCGGGUCACCGAGACCUAGCAUGGUGCACCGCAAUUCUUACCGAUCUGGCCCUAUCACAAGAAAUCAAAGCAAUUACUGAUCAUAUCUCAUCUUCUAAACAUAUCCAAUUACCAGCUACCACGCAACAACAAAUCGAGGAUACGAUUGCCUUCCUGCAUAUCCACUUCACUUUCAGAGGAAUUCCACCUCACGUCGUUGUCUCCCAGUACCUAAUUGGGAACUAUUCGAUAACUACGUCCCUGAUGGGUGAAUUUAUCAACCUAUACGAUCAACAAUCACACAACAACCCAUCUGAUAAUAACACACCCACUUCAAACAGUACUACACUCUCACAAUUACACAAUAAUAAUACUAAUCCUAGCAUUACCCAUAACCCCUAA